AUGUCGAUUAUCAAGGUGCCUGUUACGCUGAUAUCGUUGGCGGGUGAGCAGCCCUUUACCCUGACCUGGCCUACAUCUGUUCAAGCCGAUGACUAUGUGGCUCUUGCCCUGGGUCGUUCGCCAGAAGUGGGGGGAGUACGCUUCAAUCUGGAAAGGCCUAUAUCCGUGGAUGGCAGGGCGACGGCGAAGAACAUGCGGCUCGCAAGCUACAUGAAAGGACGUCUCAACGUUAAGGUGUGCCAUAUGGGUUGCGCAGACCGCGGAUUCGAGUGCCUUCCGCAAGUAUUCGUGAAAUUGGAGAACUUGCCUGGCAUGCUGCAUUCUGUGGCCUCGCAGGUGCUUUCGCUGAAGGAGUUGCUCAUGAUCGAGGAGGCUCCCUUUCAAAGCUCGGGUUCACAAGAUGUUGGCCUUUUCGUGAAUCAGGCUGAGGGCCGAAAGAUGUGGCAAGCGAAUUGCCGCACCUGGCGUUCUGCAUGGACUCGUGGCUUCCUGAGGAAUGUGGGGAUGCAUGUUCUCUGUGGCACCGUGGAGUGCUGGCAGCCUCGUGGGUGGGCACAGGCCUUGGCAGAAGCAUCUCCUUUACUUCGAGGCUUCCAUUUCCGUGGACGCCCCGGGGGGGAAUGGGCUCGGCCCAAGAUGCGUGAUGCAUACAAUUAUCUCCACAAGGUUUAUUCCAUGGGGGAGAUUGCGCGUGAGCAUGCCUACUCCUACAUACUGUCCUUCGACGACGAUGUGCUCUUGCCAGCAUCUACGAUUGCAUACCUGGCUAAUGCUGGCGAGUCGAGUCGAGCACAGGGCUGCGGUGUUGUGUCGCCACUACUUCAGAACGGCGUGCCGAUGACGGAGCUCUGGGCUGAGGAGUUUCUCACGCCUCACGAGAGGCGUCGUUUGUUUGAGUGUUUUGAAGGCAGUCAGAUACGAGGUCCAUGUGACGCAAGGCAUGAGGUGGUCGAGGCUCUCUUACCAAAAGGCUGGGAUGGGCCAACCUACUACAGGACCUUGGCUGCCUAUGCCAAGGGCAAGGAGACAGGACCUCUGAAUUAUCGAUUGGUUGGACACCCUGUGCGCUUCAAUAACACUUGUGGUGCGUUAGCCCUUGGGCUCGCCUUGGAGCAUGUUCCACACGAGUGGCUGCGAUGGCGCAGCGAUCAUGCUUUGAUUGUGGACAGAGAACGCAGAUACCCUUACUUGUCCAACAAUGCUUUCCUCAUGGCCGCGCCAUUGUACAUGGACGUCUUGACGAGAUUGGAGAUGAGAUGGGGCAAUGCAACGGGGCAUUUCGGACAGCCAAGACAUACAUGCGAGGAGCAGCUGGUGAACAAGGUUACAAAGUUACAUGGCCUGUAUCUAUGCUUUGUCAGUGGAUCCUUUGGCAUCCACCCAGCCUACAACACUCAAGCCGGCAAGGAGUUUUGGGAAGACUGGGCUGUGCAACGCGUUCUGGAAACCCUCAAGUCUCACCGGUUGUAG